GCUGCCAUGCUGGUGACGUAAACGGAAGCUGAAACUAACAUCCGCCAUGCAGCUAGCACCAGGAAGUGCUUUGGUUGCUGCAUAAUCUGGCAGUACUUGUAGUUCUUUCUUCUGAGACGUAUUACAGAGGGGAGCGGAUGUGACGUUGGGGAUAGAAAAAUCCACGAGAAGCCAUCUUGAAGGAGGGCACGCAGUGAAGCGGCGUAGAGUGCAGGAGUAUUAGGCACGCACGGCGUUGUGCCUCCAUCCUCUGCUAGAUGGCCGACACGAAGAAGUAUUAAUCUGGGUGUCACAGACUCUUCAAGAUAAAUGUUACCUGUGAUUAAGACAUUAUGUAGACAUGAAGGUCUGGAUCCAUGAAGCCUGAUGCCUGGUGCUUGCUCUCAUUAAGCUGAAUACAUUGUGAUUUCCAGUAAUAGAGACAGUAUUUCUGAAGGCUGUCUACAUUAAUGAAAAGAGCAAUGUAGUCAGCUUAACAAAAUCAUCAGUGUUACCUACUGAUUGUAACGUGGUACAGUCACAUUGCUGGGCACUUGCAUGCUAGGGUUAUAGUUACAUUUGUAAAUUAGCUAUUUUGUUGUCUGUAGUAUUAAUUAUGGAGGAGUGUGAGGAAGUAGCCCCUUUCCCAGAGGUAAAUGGACAUGACGUGACAGAAAUGAAUCCAGCAUCUCCCCCACCUCUGCCGCCAGAAGAAGAGCCUCCACCACCUCCCCUGCAAACGUCCAGUGACGCAGAGGUAAUGGACGUUGGCUCUGGUGGUGAUGGACAGUCACAAACCCCAGCUGGGGACCUGCAACAAAACAACGGGUUACAGCUUUUCACUAAAGGGUCAACUUCCUACAAGAGUCAUCGUACAGUUCUUGAUCCCUUUCACAGUGACCAAAGUCCAAGAACAGCCCGUCAUGCACCGUCUAAUAAAAGGUUUACCCCCGAUCUUAAGUUGCUUAAGGAUGUUAAGGUUAGUGUAAGCUUUACAGAGAGUUGCAGAAGCAAAGACAGACAUGUUCUGUACACUGGAUUGGAAUGUGAGGGUUCCCUACAUGGAGGUAGCAAUAUGAACAGUGUAAAUGGAGAUAUGUAUGUUUGUCCUUUUGCUGGUAGUAGUAAUGGUAAUGUUACAGAUAGUAUUGAAAUUACACUUAAGAAAAACUAUGAGCCUGAAAUUGAACAGGAGAAGAAAGUAGAAUAUGCUGUUCUGGAUGAACUUGAAGAUUUUACCGAAAAUGUUAUGGAUGUCGAUGAAGAUGGAGCAGAAUUUGUAUCGGAAUCCAUUCUCCAGAGAGAGAAGAUUGAUGAAGAAGCCCUGAUAUACAGCUAUGAGGAUGAAUUUGAUAAUGAUGUGGAUGCACUUCUGGAAGAGUCCCUUCACACCCCCAAAAAGAGAAGAAUAGAUGAGAAAUAUGAUAUUGAUAGUGAUCACCAAUCAGAUGGAGAGUCAAGUGUUCAGCCCAUGGUGACCAAAAUAAAAACAGUGCUGAAAAGUCGAGGCCGCCCACCCACAGAACCAUUACCUGAUGGAUGGAUCAUGACAUUCCACAACUCAGGCCUACCUGUCUACUUGCAUCGAGAAACCAGAGUAGUCACCUGGUCCAGACCUUAUUUCCUGGGCACUGGAAGCAUAAGGAAACAUGACCCACCAAUCAGCAGCAUUCCUUGCUUGCAUUAUAAAAAAAUGAAGGAUAAUGAUAUCAAAGAGCAGAGCAAUGAUGUCACAUCAGCCCUCGUUUCAGUGUCUUCUUCCACAAAGUCCUCUGAUACAAGUCACAAUUCUGAAGAGCCAGACACCACUGCUGCUGAUUCUUUUGUUUCUGAUGAGAGGGAGUCUGUGAGUGAAGUAGCCCAGGGAGCACUUGGACAAGUCAAGGCGAAGGUUGAAGUGUGCAAGGAUGAAUCCAUUAAUCUUGAGGACUUCCGCAGCUAUCUGGAAAAAAGAUUUGAUUUUGAACAGGUUACUGUUAAAAAAUUCCGGACAUGGGCUGAAAGAAGACAAUUCAACCGAGAAAUGAAACGCAAGCAGGCAGAAUGUGAAAGGCCUAUAUUGCCUGCUAAUCAGAAACUUAUAACCUUGUCAGUGCAAGAUGCUCCUACAAAGAAAGAGUUUGUUAUCAACCCUAAUGGAAAAUCUGAAGUAUGCAUCUUACAUGAAUAUAUGCAACGGGUCCUGAAAGUGCGCCCUGUUUACAAUUUCUUUGAAUGUGAGAACCCAAGUGAGCCUUUUGGAGCAUCUGUAAUUAUUAAUGGAGUGACAUAUGGUACUGGAACAGCAAGCAGCAAAAAACUAGCAAAGAAUAAAGCUGCUCGUGCUACUUUGGAAAUCCUUAUUCCAGAUUUUGUAAAGCAGACUUGCAUUGAAAAGCCCAAAGACACUGAUGAACUUGAGUAUUUUAACCAUAUCAGUAUUGAGGAUUCACGUGUGUAUGAGUUGACCAAUAAAGCUGGACUGUUGUCUCCGUAUCAAAUUCUCCACGAGUGCCUUAAAAGAAAUCAUGGAAUGGGUGACACAUCAAUCAAGUUUGAAGUCAUUCCUGGCAAGAACCAGAAAAGCGAAUAUGUCAUGACUUGUGGAAAGCACACUGUGCGGGGCUGGUGUAAGAACAAGAGGGUAGGAAAGCAGCUGGCAUCUCAGAAAAUACUUCAACUGCUUCAUCCCCAUGUAAAGAAUUGGGGGUCCCUACUGCGCAUGUAUGGGAGGGAAAACAGCAAGAUAGUGAAACAGUUAACACAAGCUGCAGGAUGGCUGCAUUCCAUUCAAGUAACAUCACAAUAAUUAUAUGUGCACAAAUUACAUCAAGAUAAUCUCCAGAACAUAGUUACUCAGCAUUUUGAAGGAGGUUUGCCCUAUUUAAACCUCAGACAGUUUGGUGUGCUCCUGACUCUUGAGGUGAGAGUGAAAACCAUGGUGAGAUCAAAAGAGCUGUCUGAUGCCUUCAGAAAGAGGAUUGUAGCAGUUUAUUAGUCUGGUAAGGGAUUUAAAAAGAUCUCAAAAUAAUUUGAAAUCAGCCAUUUCACUGUCUGGAAAAUAGUCUACAAGUUCUCCCCGAGAGCAAACUGCAAGAUGUCUUCAAAAACCCUAAAGGCAGAGACACACGCUGCUAUUUUGGGAGAUUAGUCGCCCAGCGACAAAUUGCUUCUUUUUUAGGCGAUUAAUCUCCCAGAACUGCCUUCCCGCCGGCUAGAAUCUAAAUCGACAGCGGGAUGACACUUUGGCUUUCCGAAGUCGCAGAAGUUUCCCCCUGAGACCUGAGACAACUUCGGAAAACGAAUCGUAAUCCGGCGGGAAGGCAGUUCGGGGAGAUUAGUCGCUCAAAGAAGAAGCGACUUCUCGCUGGGCGACUAAUCUCCCGAAAUAGCAGCGUGUGUAUCUGCCCUAAAAUGUCAUCAUGGGACCUACAGCAGGCUGUUGCUACUGUUGAUGUGAAAGUGCAUGCCUCUACAAUCAGAAAGAGACUGCACAACUUUAACUUGCAUGGGAGGUGUGCAAGAAGAAAACCGUUGCUGUCUAAGAGAAACAUCAAGGCCAGACUGAAUUUUUCCAGAGAAAACAUAGACAAAGACCAGGACUUUUGGAAUAAUUUUCGUUGGACAGAUGAGUGUAAAACUGAAUUAUUUGGAGACCAGAACAGAGGACAUGUUUGGCUUAAACCAAAUACAGCAUUCCAGGAAAAGAACCUCAUACCAACUGUGACGCAUGGAGGUGGAAAUGUCAUGGUUUGGGGAUGCUUUGCUGCUGCAGGACCUGGUCAGCUCACCAUCAUAGAAUUCACCAUGAAUUAUACUGUGUAUCAGAGGGUGCUUGAGGAACAUGUCAGACCAUCUGUAAGAAAAUUAAAACUGAAGCUGAACUGGACCCUUGCAUACAGGACCCUGCAACACAACAAUGACCCAAAACAUUCCAAAACAGGACUGGCUGAACACUUAGAAAUGGAGAGUCCUGGAGUGGCCGAGUCAAAGCCCAGAUUUAAAUCCCAUUGUUAUGCUGUGGGGUGACCCAGUGAUGGAACUAGUUGGGGGCGGGCCGUGCAGCCGGGCCCCGCCCCCACCCUUGUCCGUGCGGCGCUGCAGCCGACUCCAGCCAGCGUGACUGCCGGGGGGCCCUGCGGGGGUGCGGGCCCUGGCCCAAUUGCACCUCCUGCUCCCCCUGUAGUUAUGCCACUGGGGUGACUUGAAACUGGCUGUACAUGCAAAAUCUCAAAGCUCAAAGAAUUCUGCAUUGAGUGGGGCAAACUUUCCUCAGACCGAUGUGAGAGACUGAUAGAUUGCUACUAGAAGCAUCUCAUUGCAGUUAAUUCAGCCAAAGGGGGUAACACUAACUAUUAGGGGGUAGGGUGUCCUAAUUUUUUCCUCCAUUAGAAUACACAUUUUUGUUGAUAUCUUUUGUUUAAUGAGUAAAUAAAGGAUGUUUUUUGCUGUUUACCUGCAAUUAAAUCACUUCCUUGUGUAAAUCAAGGAUAUUUUUUGCUGUUUACCUGCAUUUAAAUCACUUUCUUUUCCAGAGAUAAAUAAAAACAAGAUUAGACAUCGAACACUUCUUAAUAAAGAACUAAAUAUUUAA